AACAGUUUUGUUUAAACAAAUCAACAUGAAGGCUUUCUUUGCUCUGGUGCUCCUGGCCAUUGCCGCUCCUGCCCUGGCAGGUCGCACCCUCGACCGCUGCUCGCUGGCCCGCGAGAUGGCCGACUUGGGAGUUCCCCGCGACCAGCUGGACAAGUGGACCUGCAUUGCCCAGCACGAGAGUGACUACCGCACCUGGGUGGUGGGACCUGCCAACUCCGAUGGCUCCAACGACUACGGAAUCUUCCAGAUCAACGAUCUGUACUGGUGCCAGGCCGACGGACGCUUCUCCUACAACGAGUGCGGCUUGAGCUGCAAUGCCCUCUUGACCGACGACAUCACCAACUCUGUCCGUUGCGCCCAGAAGGUCCUCAGCCAGCAGGGAUGGUCCGCCUGGGCCGUCUGGCAUUACUGCAGCGGAUGGUUGCCGUCCAUCGAUGAGUGCUUCUAAACUGACUUCGACCACAAAUAAAAUCACAAAGAGUACGGAAACCC